CUUUCAUACAACUACACAAUGGUUAUACGGUAAAUGAAAACAUAAAAUGCUCGAGGAUUAAAAAUAUAAAUAAAACCUUUAUUCUUCUAUAAUAUAAUAACGUAAAUUGUUUAAAAAAAUUACUCAAUCAUGACUUCAUUAGAGCUACUAUUUCUAUCUACGUGUACUCCCUCUUUAAAAGAACUUACCAGUAAGGGAGCUGAACAGAAAAUUUGCGCGGGAAUUUUAUCAAAUAAUGUUUCACUGUAACUGCGGCAUAGCAGUAGCGUGUAAUCAUAUUAAAUAUAAAUACGAUAUUUUUAGCAAAUCUGUGUUUCUACUAAUAAAAAUGACUACUUCUGCUUGCAAAUUGUACAAGAGACCAUUUACAGUAUGCAUAGAGGGCAAUAUAGGAAGUGGUAAGACAACAUUCUUAAGUCAUUUUAAACAAUUUACCAAUACAACCGUUUUACAAGAACCAGUAGAACUUUGGCGAAAUGUUGCUGGAACAAAUUUAUUGGAAUUAAUGUACACAAAUCCUAGGCGCUAUAGUUUCUUAUUCCAAUCCUAUGUACAAUUAACAAUGCUGCAACUUCAUACUUACGAAUCUGCAAUGCCUUAUAAAAUUAUGGAAAGAUCAGUAUUUAGCUCCAGGUGCUUUAUAGAAAUUAUGAAACGUUCUAAACUAUUACAAGAGGUGGAAAUAAUGGUCUUAGAAGAUUGGCAUGACUGGUAUAUACAGAAUGUUAAUAUAGUAACGGAUUUAAUAAUUUAUUUGAGGACAUCGCCGGAUGUUGUAUAUCAGAGAAUGAAAACAAGAGCGAGGAAAGAAGAAAAUUGUGUAUCAUUAGAAUAUUUACAGCAAGUUCAUAAUAUUCAUGAUGAGUGGCUCUAUCAUCAGACACUAUUUAGCGUACCAGCACCAGUUCUAAUAAUAGAUGGAAAUAAAAGUUUACCAGAAAUGGUCACACAAUUUGAAAAUUGCAAAGACUUAAUUUUUGGUAAAAAAGGGGAAAAGAAGAAUUAGGAAAGAAAGACAAAUAUGUUACAAAUGUAUGUAUGUAUUACUUGAAAAUAUUUUUUGUUUUUUAUUUAUAUUACUUAUUUGAAUUGCUUAUAUAUAUUAAUUGUACAUUAAUCGCACAUACUUUCUAUUUGUACAUAUACUAGAAAUAUAAUAUAAUCAUUUUAAGUAUACCUGUAUGUACAAAAAGUGAGAGAGAAAGGGAAAGUGGUUUUAUUAUGUCAAUCGUUUUAUAAUGAUUGCAUAAUAUGACAUAAUUGUACAUUUAAUAUAUAUAUAUAUAUAUAUAUAUAUAGUAAAUAAUUGCAUUUAAGAAAAAGAUGGAUUUCUGAACACUAAGCAGUGAAAGGUUAUACAUAGUUGCUAAUACAAAACUGCAGUUAUCUUAAGCAAAGCAGCAAUCGGUGGAUGAUAAGCCACAUUUUCGUGGGCAAAUGGAUAUCCUAAGAAUAAGAUAUUUGUACCUGAAAAAUAUAUAUCUACAUAACCAUGUCUGUCGCGACUCACGGUACUAUCCGCGACUUUGCCCUCAGUUUUCCUUGCCCGUGGAACGCCCACUUAUGCUGCUUUAUAUUGAUAUCUGCAUUAAUUGUAUCUUGUUCGACGAUAACUACAUGCAUAAUUAAGAUUAAUGUUAUUGUAAGAUCAGAAGAUUAUAUUAUAGGAUUGUAUUACAAUAAAUAUUAUAUUAUAUUUA